AUGGUUAGUGGUAUUGAUAGAUAUUUUCAAAUAGCACGUUGUUAUCGUGAUGAAACAGCUAGACCAGAUAGACAACCAGAAUUUACACAGCUUGAUAUUGAAAUAUUAUUUGUGGACCGUCAAGGAAUUAUUAAUUUAGUUGAAGAAAUUAUUAACAGCUCUUAUGCAAAAUUAAUACAAAUUAAAAUAUCUGAUGAUUGGGAAUCAAAAAUUAAUGAUAUUGGACUUGAUUCAUCAGCAUUGUCAUCAGUAUUAAAAAUUAAAAAUAAAGAUGCUUUAUUUAUUGCAAUUGGUGCCAAAAAUGAUGCGAAAAAUGAUGAUGGUUUAUUAACAUCAACACAUCAUCCAUUUACAGCACCUCAUCCUGAUGAUUUUGAAUUAUUAAAAACAGAUCCACUCAAGGUACGUGGACAACACUAUGACUUGGUUUUAAAUGGUUCAGAAAUAGCUGGUGGAUCAAUACGUAUUCACAAUUCAGAAUUACAACGAGAAAUUUUAAAAAUGUUAAAUAUCAAUAAAUCACAAAUGAUGCAUUUAUUAUCAGCACUGUCAAGUGGUGCACCACCACACGGUGGUAUUGCAUUUGGUAUGGAUCGUUUAAUUUCCAUCAUAUGUGAUUCACCAAGCAUAAAAAAAGUCAUUGCAUUUCCAAAGUCAAUGGAAGAUCGUGAUUUAAUAACUAAUUAUAAAGAUGCACAAUUAAUACAAAUUAAAAUAUCUGAUGAUUGGGAAUCAAAAAUUAAUAAUAUUGGACUUGAUUCAUCAGCAUUGUCAUCAGUAUUAAAAAUUAAAAAUAAAAAUGUAUUAUUUAUUGCAAGUGGUGCUAAAAAUGAUGCUGGUUUUUUAACGCCAACACAUCAUCCAUUUACAGCACCUCAACCUGAUGAUUUUACAUUAUUAAAAACAGAUCCACUCAAGGUAUCAAAUAUUUUUUACAAUUAA